AAACGUGGAAAUGACCGCUCGAAAACGACUUCGCCAAGUAAAAAUAGAGAGAGAGCCUCUCUCUCUCACCUCACCACACCGCCUGGACUUCAAUUUAUCGCAACCUACCCUUACGAGAUUUUACGUUUCCCACCUUUGACAAAUUCAUUCAGUCUUUCCUUCGUCUUUUUCUUAUCGUUCUCACCGUUUCAAAAUUUUUUAAUUUUCUCUGUGUCAAGAAUUCGAUUCUCUCCGGGGCUGUCUUUCUCUUUCGAAGUUCAGAUUUUUUGUUUUUCCAGGAGAAAAUAGUUAUGGUAAUUACUUCCUGGUUUGAGCGUAUAAUAGUAUAGACUUUUGGAAACCCUAAUUCUUCGUUGGUUAAGCUGUGAAUUUGGCGUAGCAGUUUGGUUUUCCCGAGAAAAUAUUUUCCAGGAAAUGGGAACGGUAGAGACACGAUCCAAAUCCUUAGCUUCGUCUUCUAUACGUCCACCAACUGAACCAGCUAAACCUCAAGUCUCAGGUGAGAAAAAUCUUAGAGAAGUUAUUGAUGGUAAGAAGGAAUCGCGGAUGGGUUUAAGGUCGACAGGGGAGGGCCGCGUUCGGGUCAAUCAAGAGAAUGGGGUCAAGGAAUCUGUAAACGGAAAACAAGGUUUGGAUGAUGAUGGUGGUGGUGGUGGGGGUAGUCGGGUCCUUCAGACAAAGAUUUCAGUUUCCGGGGAUGGUGGUUUGCCGGAUUCUUCUCCGCCAAGAAAGAGGUUAAGCGCGAGAAGACUUGGAGGUAGUAGACAUGGUGGUCGGACUCGCAGUAUUGAAAAUUCGGACGAGGUUCUUGGGGCUAAGCCAGGGAUUGGUGAUAAAAUCUGGCUUGAAGGGAAUGGGAUUUCUUUGAAUGAAAAUAGGAAAAAAGAACCAUAUGGGAAGCUCAGAACAAUUGAGGUUCCUAUUGCAGAGACCAGUGAAAACAACGAUGGAGAAGUAGAAGAUGCCAAUGAUGAAGAGUAUGAGUUUACCGUAGGUGAUUUCGUGUGGGGUAAAGUUAAGAGCCACCCAUGGUGGCCUGGGCAGAUUUAUGAUCCGUCUUAUGCAUCAGAUUAUGCAGCAAAGAUUAAACCAAAGGAUAGACUCCUUGUGGCUUACUUUGGUGAUGGAACUUUCGCUUGGUGCCAGCCAUCUCAGUUAAAGCCUUUCGAAAAGAAUUUCGUUGAGAUGUCUAAGCAGAGUAGCUCUAAAGCUUUUCUCAAUGCCGUUCAGCAGGCUGUCGAUGAGAUUGGUAGACUUCUGGAGUUGAAGAUGACUUGUUCAUGUGUGCCCAAGGAGAAUCGAAUUGGUCUUAGUCAACCAUCUGCGGCGAAUUCAGGAGUUAAGGAAGGGAUUCUUGUGCCUGAAGCUGGAAUUGGGAAGCUUUCGGCUCUAAUGAUUGAGCCUGAUGAACUUCUGGCUGGAUUGAAACGCGCUGCUCAGAUUAUGUAUGUGAACAGUGUGCUUGAGCUGAGGGUGAUACAGAGUCGGUUGUCUGCUUUUUAUAGAUCAAAAGGGGGAUAUCAGUUGCCCCAAUACCAUGAACCCGAGCCAACUCCUGGCCUUGAAGAAGACAAUUGGAAAUCAGUAGAAGUUCCAACCCAAGGGCCAUUUGAGGACUGGCUUUCUUCUCCAAUAGGUUCUAGUCUUGCCCAAAACAAUCAAAGUUCGUUGCAACAUUCCCCUCCAAUUUCGGAAAGUAGGAUAUAUCAUAGAAGGAAACAGAAAAGCAUUGCUGACAUUAUGGAAAGGGAUAAAGACUCUCAGGCUAAAACUAAAGACAAGAAAAUUACUAGAGGAGAUAAAGAUUCUCAGCCUAAAACUAGGAGCAAGGAAAUCACUAGAGAAGCAAUCACAGGGAAACAGACAACAUUCUCCGGGAAAAAGAAGAGGAAAGGCAGAGAGGAAAGUGAUGGCGAGGGUGACAGCAAUUUGACUUCUGAAACUGGGAGAGGAAGGAAGGCCAGGUUCUCAGGGUCUGCCAUUAGUGCUGAUACUAAAACUGUUCAGACUAAUAAGAAAAUUGGCAAUGUGGUCAAGGAAGAAACUAAAAAGGGCGUCAUCUCAAGGAGAAGGAAGAAUGAUGCUGUCAGCUCUGAACACGAUGAUGGUGAGCGCACUGUUUCAAACAAUGGGAAAUUGAAGAGUCAAAGUUUGCAACGGGAUGAUAAUGAGGUCAAAGGACAAACUGAGAAGGGCAUUCUCUCCAGGGAAAGGAAGAAAAGCAAGUACCUAUCCCCACCUUUCACGAAUAUAAAUAGUGGGAAAAGGAAAAGAGAAACCGAGACAGAAUCUUUGCUGGUUUCUAAUGAAGCUCAGAUAGGGAAACAGAUAACCAAGGCUGCCGACAAUCUUAUCGGGUCUCCUCAAAUUGUGAGUUGUAGCGCUGAGAAGCAUCUGAAGACUGUUUCUAUAGAACUACCUAGUUUUGAUGAAGAAGAGACAUCUCAUGGGUCUAGUCCUAAGACAAUAACAGAUGAUCAAAAGGAGAUUGUGGAUCCAACAAAAGUGAAUGUGGCAGCUAAUGAAAUGCUAUCUCAAAUCCGGUCUGUGGCUGUUAAUCUUUCAAAUCGAAGGGGAAAGAAAUCUUUCGAGGUGGUUGUGGACUUUAUAUCCAUAUUCAGAAACUCAAUCUAUCGCAAUGGUUCCAACUACAAACUGUACAACAAACGUCAACCUCGUGCAAGGAGAAAGAUUUUAGACUCUGAAUCUGAAUUGCCUGGGAAUUACCCAAACCAGACUUCAAGGACAUCACCUGAAAAUGAAUCUAAGCGGAGGAGAACAAGAAACAAAGAAGAGAAGAAGGCAGAUAAGCUGGAGCGGAAGGAAGCUUCUGAAACUCUUGAUGCAAAAUCAGGUAGGAAAGCAAGAAAGAAUGAAGAUAAAAAGGCAGAUAAACGUGAGCAAAAGGUAGCUACAGAAAUUCUUGAUACAAAGUUACGUAGGCAAAAACCGAAGCAAGCUGGUGGAACAUCAGACUAUAAGAAAAAGCCAAAGCAAGGUGGUGGAACACCAGACUCAAAGACAAAGGACAAGAAGACCGAUGUAGAAGCUUCACCUGCAGUUCUUUUUGUGACAUUUGGCCCAGGAUCCUCUCUUCCUACGAAGGCUGAUCUCAUUAGAAUAUAUGGUAAAUAUGGUGAUCUGGAUGAAGCAGAAACAGAUAUGUUCUACAAUAAUUUCUUUGCGCGGGUGUCAUUUAUACACAGCUCUGAUGCAGAAAAAGCCUUCAGUCAUUCGCAAAAUGCAAACCCCUUUGGCACUGCCAACGUAACUUUCCGCCUGCAGUACCUCUCUAGUGCAUCCAAGACCCGUGAGCUCAGUGAAAUAUCCAGCAAAAAAGAGUCUCCUCCGCUGAAGCCAAGGGACAAGACCCCAAAGAAGAAGUCUACACCCCAGCCAUCUGUUGUUGAGGCAUCAGAGCUCGACUUCAUAAAGCAGAAACUUGAGAUGAUGACCUCGAUGCUGGAAAAUUCUGAUAAAAAAAUAUCACCCAAGAUGAAAUCCAAAUUGGAGGGUGAGAUGAAAGGCCUGUUAGAGAAGGUAAACACAAUGGUCACCUCUUCGUCUUAAGAUUGGAUAAUGUCUAGAAAACCUAAGCUUUUUCAGUUUGUAUACACAGUCCCAUUUAGUUUAUGCAGCCAGUGAAACCGAUGUGUAGCUUUAGGAGAGAAAUACUUUGUAAUUUAUUACCUUCUUUUGAGAUGCUUAUGGAUGAUGUACUUAAAUCUGCGUUAGGAAUUUACUUGACACAGAUGGAUGUCCUAUUUUAGUCUAAUGUACGUAACCAGGUGGUUGAGUUUAUUAAAAUAUAGAGAUCGAAUUUGAUAAA